UUGAAACAGUGUCCUUUCGCUUCCUUCAGUGACAGUACGUGAUUAGUCUUCAUUGCUUUGUGUAUAAGAGAAACAAUGUCUGGCGCGCAUCGUGCUUUUGAAGGCGCCGGCAGUGAACCCGGUCUAUUGAUUUGGAGAAUAGAGAACUUUGAUGCAGUCCCAUAUCCAACAAAGGACUAUGGGAAGUUCUAUUCAGGAGAUUCAUAUAUUGUUCUGUUUACAAAGAAGAACAAAACCAGUUUCAGCUGGGAUAUUCACUUCUGGCUAGGAAGUGAAACUUCUCAAGAUGAGGCUGGGGGGGGGGUUGAAUUGGAUGACUCGCUAGGCGGGAUUCCCGUGCAGCAUCGUGAAGUGCAGGACCACGAAUCUCAGCUGUUCCUCUCAUACUUCAAGUCUGGUAUUCGAUACCUACCUGGGGGAGUGGCCAGUGGAUUCCACCAUGUGGAUCCUGAUGCAGUGGAAAAGAAGCUAUUCCAAGUUAAGGGCAAACGAAAUGUUCGAGUCAGACAGGUAAAUCUACAUGUAUCAUCAAUGAACAAAGGUGACUGCUUUAUCUUGGAUGCUGGGAAAGAGAUAUUUGUGUAUGUGGGUAAAAACAGCAAGCGAACAGAGAGGUUGAAGGCCAUCAGUGCUGCCAAUCAAAUCAGGGACCAAGAUCACGCUGGUCGAGCUCACAUUCAUAUCAUAGAUGAAUAUAGUGAUCAAGCUGAGGCUUCCUUCUUUGAAGCACUUGGCUCAGGUUCACCAGAUGAAGUUGCUGAUGAAACAGGUGAAGAUGAUGCAGAGUUUGAGAAGAAACAAGAGACUGUUGUAACUCUGUACCAUGUAAGUGACGCAAGUGGGGAGAUGAUCAUGGACAAAGUCGGAGAGAAACCUCUCCACCAAGAUAUGCUAAACUCAACUGAACAUGGUGGACAGGACUGCUAUAUUUUGGACACAGUCACAUCUGGGAUCUUUGUUUGGAUUGGCAAGCAGUGUACAAAAGAUGAGAAAUUAGAGGCCAUGAAGUUGGCUGAAAAGUUCCUUGUCACAAACACGUACCCUGUGUGGACUAAGAUCCAAAGGAUAGUGGAAGGUGGAGAGCCUUCUACAUUUAAGCAGUAUUUCAGUGGGUGGAGGGAAACAGAAGAUCAAAUUGGAUUAGGACGAGUCUUCGCUUUGGAACAAAUUGCAGCUAGCAUCCCGGAACAAGAUUUUGACCCGAGCAGUCUGCAUGCUGGGGAACUCCACUCCCUGGCUAAGAGUGGUUGCAAAGCUGUUGGAUUUAUGCCUGAUGAUGGAUCUGGUGCUUUCAAAAGAUUCUAUGUUGAGAACUUGGAACUGGUACCAGUGAAUCAUACCUUUUUCUUUGGUGGUGAUUCCUAUGUCAUCAAAUAUACAUAUGAAAAGAAUGGGCAUGAGAACUGCAUUAUCUAUUUCUGGCAGGGUCAGGACAGCACACCAGAUGAAAAGGCAGAAUCUGAAAUCCACGCCUUUCGGCUGGCUAGUGAGCUCGGAGGAAAGGCUAUACAAGUUCGAGUUAGUCAGGGCAAUGAGCCACAUCACUUGCUGCGAAUCUUCCAAGGCUCUAUGGUCGUAUUCCUGGGCGGUAAAGCUAGUGGUUUCCACAACUCUGAUGGGCAUGAUACAUCUGAUGAUAGUCCCAGGCUUUUCCAGGUACGAGGCACCAACCAUAAUAAUAUGAAAACAGUGCAGGUACCAGAGGUGGCUUCUUCCCUGAACUCUGAUUAUGUUUUCAUUCUUAAAGAUCGAAAAGUUACUACUCCCGAGAACUCUGAUUAUGAAUCCAAUGUCUGGGUUGGAAAGGGUACAAGUGCAGAAGAGAAAGAGAUGGCACUAAAAGCAGUAAAUUAUGUAGCACCAGGCUUGCCUAUAAGAAUAAUAAAUGAGGGGGAGGAAUCUGCUAAAUUUUGGAAUGUUCUGGGAGGAGAAGGUGAAUAUAAAAGUGGUUAUGACGGCCAGGGUACGCCAUUACUGGUUCCCCGCCUGUUCCAUUACCACGUGUCACCAGCUGCCAAGCUCCGAGUUGAGGAAAUAUCACAUUUCAAGCAAGAGGAUCUUGAUGAAGACGAUAUUAUGGUCUUGGACUCUAGAGAUGAGAUCUAUGUUUGGGUUGGAAACAAGGCAUCACAAGAUGAAAGACAGCUGAGCAUGAAGAUGGCUGAGGAAUAUCUGAAAAGUGACCCAACUGACAGAAGCCAUGAACUAACACUUAUCUUCAUAGUGAAGCAGGGCGAUGAACCUGCCAGCUUCACUUCCUUGUUUCCAAGUUGGGAUCCCAGUUUGUGGGAGUCUUUGCCAUCCUAUGAAGAUGUGAAGAACAGAGUUGCUGCAGGAAAUGCUGCCAUAUGAAGACAAUUUUGUUGCUUGUAGUAAGCCAUGAAGAUCCAUGAUAAGUAUGUAGCUGGGAGUAUUAAUUUUUGUUACUUUGUAUAAUAAUACAAAGCCAUUCUGUUUGAUUUAGCUAGUAUUUUACUUGGUUAAAAUUAAUUCUGCUUUUAACAUUAUUUUGUUUUGAGUUUCUAAAGUGCUCGGUAGAUUGUUAAGGUAUGUACUGAUGAAAUGAAAUAUAAUAUAUUGUGAUAAAAUUGCA